AUGUCCGGAGGAGGGUUUCCUGUUAAUCCCCGUCUCAUUAAAGCUCAGUAUGCUGUGCGCGGCCUUGUUCCAUCUCGUGCAAAAAUGAUCCAAAAAGAAAUCGAUGAGGGAUCUACAAAGUACCCUUUCUCGGAGUUGAUUUGGUGUAAUAUUGGCAACCCACAGGCGGUAAAACAGAAACCUAUCACCUUCCAUCGUCAGGUGAUGUCGUUAUUUGAUGCACCGUUUCUCUUGGAUAUGCCGGAGAUAUUGGCACACUACCCAACAGACGUCGUCGAGCGCGCGAAGUAUUAUUUGGAGGAUGCCAAUGGCGUCACUGGCGCGUAUACCGACUCAUUGGGGUAUACCUUCGCCCGCAAAGCGGUGGCGGAGUAUAUUAACAAGCGGGACCACCACAUCCAGCCUGAGGUCACCUACGAUGAUAUUGUUUUGACGGAUGGGGCGAGCAGUGGGCUGCGCUUCAUCCUGGAGGUGAUGAUGUCCGGAUCGCGUGACGGGACGAUGACACCGAUCCCACAGUAUCCACUCUAUACGGCCUUGUUGGCCCUACUCGACGCCCAAUGCAUCCCGUAUUACCUCAGGGAAGAGGAUAACUGGUCCGUCAGGAUAGAGGAACUUAAGGAGUCCUACAACAAAUCGAUUUCCGAGGGCGUCACGCCACGGGUAUUUGUGUGUAUUAAUCCUAACAACCCGACUGGCAACCUGCUGAGCCGUAAUAUAUUAGAGGAGAUGGUCAAAUUCUGCCAUGACCGAUCGCUGCUGCUCUUGGCGGAUGAGGUCUACCAGUUAAAUAUUCACUCCGAUGGGUUGAAUUUUGUAAGCUUCCGCGAGGUGGUGUUGUCGAUGCCGGAGCCGUACAGGUCAGGGACGAUGUUGGUAUCCAUGAAUUCCGCCUCGAAAGGGAUCUUGGGUGAGUGUGGGCGCCGUGGGGGAUACCUGGAUUUGUUGAACAUCCCGCGGGAAGUACGUGAGCAGUUGAUAAAGCUGUGUUCGAUGAACCUCUGCUCCAAUGUAAAUGGGCAGUUGAUGAUUGCCGUUAUGUGCACCCCCCCGCAGGAGGGCGACCCGAGCUACGAACUCUAUGCUUCCGAAUACCAGGCAGUUGUGGAUGGCCACCGCAUCCGCGCGAGUGCGCUGGCAAAAGAACUAAACACCAUUCCCGGAAUUUCAUCCCAGAGCGUGAUGGCCGCGAUGUACGCAUUUCCAACCAUCAAGCUCCCCGCGAAGUGGGUGGAGGUCAAGAUGGCGCAGCAAGGAAAAGAGGGAGGCACUCUCAAGUUAGACGAGUGUUGGGCGCUGGAGUUGCUGGAGAAAACCGGAAUUGUGGUGGUCCCGGGGUCUGGAUUUGAACAGGUGCCCGGAACCCUUCACUUCCGAACGACAAUUUUGCCCCCAUCUGAUCAAAUGAAAAAGGUGAUACAGGGAAUUCGUCAAUUUCAGGAGGAUCUGUAUGAAAAGUUCGUCUAG